AUGGACGAUCAGAUCGUAAACGCCGUCGAGGCCGCCUUCAACCCCGGCAGCGACCAGGAUCUCAAGCAACAAGCUUUCAACUACCUGAACCAGCUGCGAACCGACCCCCAAGGCUGGCAGGUCUGCACCAGCCUCUUCACAAGAUCUCAGAGACCCUCGGAAGUAGUCCGCCUCUUCUGCUUAGAAGUUGUCAACUAUGCAAUCCAUACUCAGGCCCUCGACCGCGGCAGCCUCACCUGGUUGAAGGACAACCUUCUCGAAUACGUCCGCAACAUAUACGGUCAGAACCUGCAAGACCAGGUCGACCCGCCCCACCUGCAGAACAAGCUGUCACAGACGCUGACCUACCUGUUCGUCUUUCUGUACAACGAUGGCUGGGAUACUUUCAUCGACGAGUUCCUUGCCAUGGCAAACAGCCCCAACAACACGGCCGGUGUCGUUCUCUACCUGCGAAUCAUUGGCUCUAUCCAUGACGAGAUUGCCGACAUGCUGUUGACCCGCAACAGUAGCGAUGCGAAGCGCAACACCGACCUGAAGGACCAGCUUCGCGCGCGUGACGUUCAGAAGGUUGCCCAGUCAUGGAAGGACCUGUUGACGCAAUAUUCAGGCCAGAACGACAUCAUUGUUGAAAUGAUUCUUAAGGUCAUUGGCAAGUGGAUCAGCUGGAUGGAUAUCUCCUUGAUUGUGAACCAGGACAUGCUCAACCUCCUGCUUCCCGUCAUAGGACGAACAAACAACUCUGGCAGCGAGGACAAGGUCAGAGACGCUGCCAUCGACACCCUUACCGAGAUCGUCGGCAAGAAGAUGAGAGGCCCCGAGAAGAUGGAGCUGAUCUCUUUCCUCAACCUGCGCGAUAUUGUGGCUCAGCUUAUUGCCAGCGCCCCUCUGAGCGAGCUCAAGUCCACCCCCAAAUACGACACCGAUCUCGCCGAGGCCGUCGCAAAGUUAAUCAACACCGUCAUGGCCGACAUCGUGCGAGCCCUCGAGGAUGCCCAAGCCGGCGACGAUACGCGAGCCAAGUCCGAGCAGCACCUCCACGACUUCCUUCCGUUUCUCCUCCGCUUCUUCUCCGACGAGUACGACGAGGUCUGCUCGACCGUUAUCCCCUCCCUGACCGACCUUCUUACAUUGCUGCGCAAGGUCGGCGCGAACCUGCCUGCUUCUUACAAGGAGAUGCUUCCGCCCAUUCUCAACGCCAUCAUCAUGAAGAUGCGCUACGACGAGACCUCGAACUGGGGUGACGAGGACGAGCAGACGGACGAAGCCGAGUUUCAGGAGCUGCGCAAGCGACUGCAGGUCCUCCAGAAGACCGUUGCAGCCGUGGACCAGGAGCUUUAUAUCGAGGUUCUGAGCAACCUCGUGUCCCAAACUUUCAGCACCCUCGACCAGCAAGGGUCACACAUGGAUUGGAGAGACCUUGAUCUGGCGCUCCACGAGAUGUAUCUUUUUGGAGAACUCGCGCUGCCAAACCAGGGCUUGGGCACCAAGAGCCAACCGUCGAGCACGGCAACGGAACGGCUGACCAUUAUGGUGGCAAAGAUGGUCGAGUCCGGCAUUGCCAACUUUCCCCACCCUGCCAUUUUGCUCCAGUACAUGGAAAUCUGCGUCCGGUACUGGCAGGUGUUUGAUGCUCGUCAAGAGUACAUCCCCCAAGUCCUGGAGAACUUCGUGCGGUUGGUACAUCACGACCAUGUUCGUAUCAAGACACGAUCGUGGUACCUCUUCCAGAGGUUUGUCAAGUUCCUCAGGGCCCAGGUUGGUAACGUGGCCGAGACCGUCAUCCAGUCCAUCGGCGAUCUCCUCCCCAUCAAGGCCGAGGUCUCGGAGAACAACGGCGAUGAUGACAUGUCUUCGGACGAAUCUGACCACUCUGCCGACGCCCUGUUCACCAGCCAGCUUUAUCUCUUCGAGGCGAUCGGCUGCAUUGCGUCGACCGGAAGCACGCCGGCGGACAAGCAGGCUUACUACGCCCGGCUGGUGAUGAACCCGUUGUUCAGUGACAUGGAAUCUCAUUUGCCAAAGGCAAAGUCGGGCGACGCCCAGGCCAUUCUUCAAAUACAUCACAUCAUCUUGGCCCUUGGCCGCCUUGCCCAUGGAUUCUCGGACUGGCAGCCUGGCAGCACUUCGGCCCAGAACCGCCCUCCUCCAGACAAGCUGGUCUCUGAUGAAUUCUCGAGAGCCGCCGAAGCCAUUUUGAUUGCACUCAGCGAGCUGAACAGCUCUACUGAUAUCCGCACUGCCUGCCGUGCGUCAUUCUCCAAGCUGCUCGGCGUCCUCGGGUCUGCCGUGCUGCCCCAGCUUCCCCAGUGGAUCGAGGGGUUCCUGUCCCAGAGCUCCUCCAAGGAUGAGAUGGCUAUUUUCUUGCGUCUGCUUGACCAGAUCGUAUUCGGCUUCAAGGCCGAAAUCUACAAUGUUCUGAACAUGCUGCUCACCCCCUUACUGCAAAGAAUCUUUGCCGGUCUGUCCGAGCCAGUUACCGGCACUGAUGACGAGAUCCAGCUUGGAGAGCUCCGCAGGGAGUACCUGUCGUUUUUGUUGGUCAUCUUGAACAACGAGCUGGAGUCUGUCUUUAUCAGCGAGGCCAACCAGGGCUUCUUUGAGUCGUUGGUCAAUUCCGUCCUCACCCUGGGCCGAACUCUCGUGGCGGAGAACAUUGGGCCUAGCAGGCUCGCGUUCAGUGUGUUAGCACGCAUGGUCGUCGUCUGGGGUGGCCCGGACUGUGCCAAAAUCGCGGAGAAUCCCUCUGCGCCGAGCGGUUCCCCGAACCCGAGCAUCCCCGGUUUCGACCGCUUCAUGAUCGACCGCUUUCACCCACUCUGCUGGGAGGUCUUCCAGGACCCCAACUUCAGACCCCAUAACGACGCGCAGAGCAAGCAGGUCCUCAACGAAAUCGCGGGUCUCGAGCAGGCCAUCUACACCAAGACGGGCGAGAUGUUCAUCCAACACCUCCAGUCGUCACUGUUCCCACACCUGGGCAUCGACGGGUCCGAUUUUCUCCGGUCCAUGUCGACGUCCGUGGAUAGGAAGGGUUUCUCGAGUUAUCUGCAAGGACUACUAAAGAGCCGUCGAUAG